GUCCCCGUUGUGACAACUUGAGAAGAAAAGAAAUUAAAGAAGAAUCAACCAAACCAACAACGAGUGUUAGAGAAAUUACUUCUAACAAGCUGUCUGCGCCUGUGUAAGAGUGUGCAGCUAUUAAGUAGUUGCUCAACAUUGGAUUUUGUUUUUAUCCCGGGGAAAAUGCACCGCUCAAGUCUUCUUUUGCUGAAUUGUGUUCUGGUGAUAAGUCUCACCCAAGGAUCCUCGAGUUUUAACAGCCGAACUGAUUUCGACAAUCUGUGUCAAAACAUCUGGAAUUCAGCCGGAAGCAAUCUGAAAAUCGGUCAAGAAAUAGUUCUGUAUUCUGGAAGAAAGGCAAAACCUUUAAUCACUUUGACAAAACAAGGAAAGGCAAAAGUACAAACGGAAGUUUUUGUUAAAUUUCAAGCUUUGUUAGACAACUACGAAGCAGACGAAAAUCUUCACGAGAAGCCAUCUGUUACCAAACAACAAGAGGAAGAUGCUUUUAUCGACGCCAUCAUCAAGACCAAUAGAGGACCAAUACAGAUUGUUUUCGACUAUCUAAGAAAAAAAGGAAAAGUUUCUAUGAAGUGUAUUGAUCAAUUUAAGCCCGUCCUGAAGGAAAUGUGGUUCGAAAAAUACUCUAAGAGAGGACGGGGCCUAAAAUCUUCUGGUUUUGAACACACGUUUGUUGGAGAACUGGGGUAUAGUAGAGGCAGUAAUACUAAGAUCACCAAAGGCUUCCACAACUGGUUCCAGUUUCUUACGGAGCGGACAUUAGGAAGAUUGACAUAUCACCCUCCUCUUAUUUCCAAAGAUGUUUCUGUUGAGCCGGCCUUAGUAAGAGCGAGGUUCCAAUGGAGGGGGAAAAGGAAGCCUCCAGGCAGCAGCUUUUUCGUGGGCACCAGUCCUGAUUUUGAGAUGGCUUUGUAUACAGCUUGCUUCUUCGAGGGAACUAACUGCUCGUGUAAACUUAACGGGAAACAGCUAAGUUUUAAAACUAUUAAGUUCUAUAAUAAAAGGAACAUCCUCACAGCAUACCCAACAGUUUGAGAAAAAUGCAUCAGUGGGUACCCUGGUAGCGUCUUAGUCAGUCAUUUUCCAUGGCAAGAAAAGAAUGUGAAUAAAAAUAAAUGUCAUUUAAGUGUCAAAUUAAGCAAAUGUUAUCCAUCAUUCUAGUAACAUAAAUCAUUCACAUCGAGUAAUUAU